AUGUGCACAGGUGAGCGUACAGGUGUGCUGCUCCUCGCCUUAUGGACGGCUCUGGGACUCCUGACAGGAGAGUGUAAGAUGUACGGCAGUGGCGUGGUGCAGCCCUUUAAUGGCAGUGCGUACCACGUGAGGACUUCCUGCUCCGUCACCCUCGUCCACUUCACCCACCAGGGCGUCGACUGCGACGUCACCGCCCAGCGAGGGCCCAGCGGACUGCUGACCCGUCUCGAGGUCGUCGUCAACAAAGUCAGAACCGUCAUCCUGGACGGGAUGGUCUUUGUGGAGGCCCAAAAGGUGUCUCUGCCGUAUGACCACACCUACCAGCACGUGUUCCACUACGGAGUCCACACCAGACUAAGGAGCAAAGUGCUGCCCCUCACCAUCACCUGGCACAGCUCCGCCAUGGGCAUCACUGCCCUCUGGGUGCGGUUGGAGGUGGAGAGCAUCAGUGAGAUGAGUGGACUCUGUGGACAACUACAUGUCCCUGGUGAGUGUGAGUGUGUUGAGGUCAUGUCCCUCGCCCAGCCCUGUCUGAUGAACCAGACGGACACCUACCUCCACCUGUGCCAGCAGAACGCCUACGGCCAGACCGGCGGCCCUCAGGUCACCUGUCCGUUCGUCCAGGACCUGGCGCACAGGUGUGGUCCCGGUACUCACCUGUGGGACCACUGGAGAACCCUCACGCUGUGCCCGGAAUCUCAGUGUCCAGGAGAGCUGACCUAUCAGGAGCUGGGAAACGCCUUUACUCCCACCUGCUCUAACCCCGCCCCCAGAUCUUGCAACCAGGACAUGACCAGCACCUGUGUGUGCCCCCAAGGUACGGUACUGAAUGACCGUGCUGAGGGCCACAACUGUGUGAGUGUGACUGAGUGCCCCUGUGUGCACGGCAACAGCAGCUACCCACCAGGAACCCACAGAGGAACUAAGUGCCAGACAUGUGAGUGUGUGUCUGGAAAGUGGCUGUGUUCUGAAGACAUCUGUCCCAAAAGAUGCUCCGUUGAGUCUCAGUUUGUGACGUCUUUCGAUGGCAAACACUUCAGGCUGCCGGGCAAAUGCUCCUACGUGGCAGCUCAGGGCCUGAACUGGACACUCACAGUGCACUUCUCAGAGAGCGCCAUCAAACUGCAGAAAGUGGAGUUUAAGAUUUACCACGAGAGCUACAUCUUCUCCCUCUCAAGGGUGAUGUUUCAGAACGAAGAGAUCAGAGACCUGCACCAAACUGCGUUUGUCAGCGUUUUCUGGCAGUCCUCCAUGUUUGUUCAGGUCCUGGCCCUCUCAGGCCUCAGCAUACAGGUACAAAUGAGCCCAGACAUGCAGCUCUACGUGUCCUUGCCCACACAGCACAAUGGAACCACCACAGGCCUUUGUGGGAACUUUAACGGGGACUCAGGAGAUGAUUUCACCACCAGCAGUGGCAUAGUGGAGAACUCUGCAGAACCCUUUGCCCUCUCCUGGUCCCUGGAGAGCUGUGAGGCCAACAUCAACCCCCUCUGCAUCAACAUGGACACUGAAAUGUUUGCUGAGGAGCACUGCAACCAGCUGAGAGACCCUGAUGGGAUCUUUGGGCCAUGCCACCACUACAUACCCUACGACCAAUACUAUCAGGCGUGCCUCAGUACAACAUGCCACUGCCAGUCAGGGCUUCAGGCGUGUCUGUGCGUCGCCCUCGGCAACUACGCCAAAGCCUGUGCAGCUGUGGGGGCCCCUGUGGGAGAGUGGAGAACAGCGGCCAACUGCACGGUGACGUGUGCGACCAACCAGGUGUUUGACUACGCAACUCAGGUGUGCAACCGCACCUGCCGCUCCCUAGCGGGGCCCGACCCUACCUGUUACCUGGAGGCGGAGCCUGUGGAGGGCUGUGGUUGCCGGGAGGGAACCUACCUGAACGACCACGGCAGCUGCAGCCCCCGCUCGCAAUGCCCGUGUCACCACAUAGGGGGCGCCACACCGCCAGGACCCGUGGACAUCAAUGGGAUGCAAUGCAAUUGUGCAGAUGGAAAACUAACCUGUGGCCGAUCAUUGCUCCCCCUCUGUGCUUGUCAAGAUCCCAAAGUGUGUGUGCACUGUCCAGACUCUAACACUGCACAAAGAACCUGUGACAGCCUGAGCAAGCCUGCUAGUUCUCCAGCGUGCAGCAGCGGCUGCUACUGUCCAGAUGGGCAGUAUGAGGACCACAACGGAGUGUGUGUGUCUGCGGACAACUGCACGUGUGUGUUUAGCGGAACCGUGUACGGCCCUGGGGAGAGCGUGGAGACCAACUGCAAGAUGUGCACCUGCAGUGGAGGGCGUUGGACCUGCACUGGAGAGCCGUGCCCAGGGCGGUGCCAGGUGUUUGGGAACGGGCACUACCAGACCUUUGACUCCAGGUGGUUCAGCUUCGACGGGAACUGCCAGUACACCCUGCUGGAGGAUGACUGUGGGACGGGUAAUGGGCAGUUUGCUGUCAGAGUGGAGAGCAUUCCCUGCUGUGAUGAAAAGCUGACCUGUUCCCGCACCAUCACUCUGGACCUGAUGGAGGAGGCGUUUCUGGAACUGUCGGACAUGGCUGUGCGCUCCAGGUGGUCCAACACAUCAGCUGUUGGGGGGGAGAUGCUGUACUCCGUCCACACGGUGGGGCUCUACGUCCUGGUGUCUGUACCACGCCUGGGCCUUACACUCAUCUGGGACAAACACACACGCCUAACCGUGCUGCUGGAGGCAAGGUGGAGGGGCCGAGUGUGUGGCCUGUGUGGGAACUUUGACUCCAGUGAGGCCAACGACCUGAUGAGUAGCGGCUCCAUGCUGGGGUCCAGUGCCCUGGAAUUUGGCAACAGCUGGAAGACGGGCACGCCGCCCUGUUCCGACGUGACGACCGAGACCUUCCCCUGCCAACGCCACUCCUACUGCUCCAACUGGGCCGAGAGACGCUGCAUGAUCAUCACUGGAGACACCUUCAGGGACUGCCACCUCAAGGUGGACCCUGAGCCGUACUACCAUGCCUGUGUGCUGGAGGCGUGCUCCUGUGAGUUCCAGGGCAAGUUCCUGGGCUUCUGCACGGGGGCAGCUUACGCCGAGGCCUGCAGUGAGCAGAACGUCUGCGUCCACUGGAGGACUCCAGACCUGUGCCCUGUGUUCUGUGACUACUACAACAGGGAGGGGGAAUGCAGCUGGCACUAUAACCCCUGCGGAAAAGUACCAACCUGCGGAAAGAACUACACCUUCAAUGGCAAACUGGAAGGCUGCUACCCCAGGUCCAGCAGAGGCCCAUACUAUGAUGAGAACACUGGGAACUGCACCACGCUGCAGGACUGUGCACCUGCCUCUCAAUGGUACAGUCCUAAGGCAUGA